UGUGUGUAUUUAUUAGCUCGUGUUGAAAGCGCGAGGCGAGCCAAUAGCCUGUCAGAAACAGCAGCAGCAGCUCGAGCGCCGCUCACCCCGCUCAGUGAUAAGUGAAGUCAGGACCCCUCCGCACGGCUCUGACCCCCUGCGUCCUCACACAAAGUUCUGCCUCAUAAAGAAGAGAAUCUGUCCAUUCGUCUGCUGACAGAAGACUGUAAAGAGACACAGGUAGAGCUCCUGAUGUGUCCAAGUCAUGGGAUGUAAGAGUUUAAUGAGCUGUGACUUAUACAGCCUCUGAGUGCCAAGAUGUCUGACGUUGAAACUGAAGAGAAGAAUUUCCCAGAGUCCGUAACGGGCAGGGAAAAGCCACCCACGUGCUGUGUCAUGGAAUCAAAAAAGGAGGAUUACAAUGGCAGCAGCUGCAUGGAGCAGCAGCUGAAAACAGAUGCUAACCAAGGACAACUUAAAAGGCAUAAAGGGAAACUAAUCAGGAGCGCAGCUGUGUGUGACGAGCCUUUACCCACUGAAUCAAGCAGCAAGGAGUCUGAGAGUGAGAGUACCACCACAACCGACAAUGCAGGCAGCUCAGAGUGUGAAGAGGAAGAACAGGGGAAACAAGAGUGCAGCACAAGGAAAAAACCCAGCUUAUCCAAAGAAUCAAGUCUGGAGUACACAGAUUCUACAGGUAUAGAUCUGGAAGAGUUCCUGAUCACUACUCUGAAGAGCAGUCCCAGAGACAGACUGAUGCUGCUAAAACUGGAGCAAGACAUGACUGAUUUUAUGACUGACAACAGCUCCUAUAAGAAGUUUCCUCAGAUGUCAUCCUAUCACAGGAUGCUGGUUCACAGAGUUGCGGCUUAUUUUGGUUUGGAACACAAUGUGGAUCACAGUGGAAAAGCUGUCAUCAUCAACAAAACCAGCAACUCUAGGAUACCAGAACAGCGGUUUGCUGAGCAUGUUCAGGAGGAAAAAACUGAGGAAAGAAGGUCAAUACUUAAGAGAGACAACAGUCAGGAGAAAGAGGACAUCCAGAUGAGAGUGCCGCUACUGAAGGAACAAAUGAAGAGUAAGUCUAUUGAAGAGAGAGAGGAAGAGUAUCAGAGAGUGAGAGACCGCAUCUUCUCUCAGGAUCCAUCCUGUCCUCCUAAGAGUGUUUACAUUGAGACCAGAGGCCCAGAGGAAUGCUGUAAUAUGUACAGUGAGACCCAAAGAAGGAGACAGCUUUUCAGGAGCACGAGGGAUGGUUCUGGACGGCUGUCGGGCAGCAGGCAGAGCAGUCUUGAGCUUGAGUGUUACUGGAAUGACCCUCGACCCUGGAGCAGCACAGACUCCGACAGCUCCACCUGGACCUCCAAACCCACACACUCACGCACAGAUUCCAGCUCCAAGCUUGGCAAAUCAGUGACAGAGGCAGCAGCUGCCAGUGGCUCUCUUCCAGGAGCUCCAGCCAGUAAUAGUCCUGCCUACAUCCUGGUGCCCCCAGAAUCGUCUAUAAUUCCUGGGAGUAUUCUAAUAAACCCACAUACAGGACAGCCAUAUCUGAAUCCUGAUGGAACUCCAGCCGUUUAUAAUCCGCCAGCGAGUCAGCAGUCAUUGAGCAGUCAGCUAAACACAAUGCAGCCACAGGCCCCGCCCCCUCCCCCCCAGCAGCAGCCAGUGACAAGCCAUGGUGUUCCACAGGUUCAGUACUCCGCAGUGACGUAUCUUCCGCCACAGCAGGUGGUAACUACUUCACAGCUCUACCCUCCAGAACAGUGCAGGGAGGACCUUUCAUCUCAGUUCAGUCACAUGACACUGAGCCUCCAGUCUUCAGGUGAUGUAUCAGAUGUGCCCACCUACUACCUACAUGGAGCUCCACCAACACACAGCUAUACACAACCCCAGCACAGUUAUGCCCCGCCUCUUCCUGCAGACAGCUACUUAAGUUCAGGAAUGGGUUUGGCCCCUCCUACAGCCCCGCCACCACAAACCUGCAGCCAGCAGAACACUCAGGCCUCAAUGUAUAGUUACCCAGUGCAAUGUCCCAACACACUUCAGCAGUAUGGACCACCCAGUUACAACACACAGACAGGAUAUGCUGUUCAGCAACAAGCUUACCCAAGCAUGGUGGGAACCCAGGUGCUACCCCAGACACAACAACCCAUCAUGGGCUCUUACUCUUCCACUUCCUCUUAUCAGAUGGCGUCACAGCUCCAGUCAUACCCCUCUACAGUGUUGGUGUCCAGACAGGCUGGGCAGUCUCAGAGUGCAGUGCCCCCAGCUGGAGUGUCAGUCUACUGCACCCCCCUGCCUCCCUCUCCACCCCCACCUGGCAACAUGCUGGGCACCACUUGCCAGUCAAGCAGCUGCAGAAACGCAUGCAAUAGAAACCAGAACCACUGCUGGUACUAACGCACACACGGUAUCCCACACUGACUGUAGCACUGAUAUAAUACUACUGGAACGUUCAUUCACACACGCAGACACGCCUACUCCAACGCACAAAUAUAACAGGCAGAAAGACUCACUGGUAGCACCUCUCAGUAGCACAACCUGCCUACCUGAUUUCACUCCACUAGCACAGUCCAGGCACAUCCAGCCUUUUCUACUUUUGUGUGCCAUUUUAAUUAAAGGUCUCACAUUUGUGACUUUUUUUUUUUUACAUGCACUGAUGUAUAUGAUAUAAUGUGCCAAAAUUGUGACAGAAUUGCUGUGUUUAUUAAAAUGCACCUCUGCAGUUUAUAUUUUAUUUC